AUGAAGGAAAAUUGUGUGCUGUGCUAUAAGUGCAAAAAGAACAAUGCUGUAGUUUGCACAAGGGAGAAAUCGUGCAGGGAUUGCUUUUUACAACUGGUCGAAUAUACAUUUAAGAAUACGUUAAGGGAAAAAUGUCUGUUUAAAAACAAGGGGGGUCAUAAUUUUGAACUUGCAAGACAUCUAGUGCAGAAAAAUGAUAAAAGGGAAGAUAUGCAGGAAGAAAAGUGUAAUAAACCUGUUGCACAAGGGGAAUAUGCACCCUGCGAAAAUGCACACAUUGCGGGAAGGAGCUGUUGUAACGGGUUGAAUAAUGGAAUGUACUCGGACGGGACAGGAAGGAAGGGAAAAAAUGUGACCACAUUGAGUAAGCAAUCGGAAAAGAAGAAAACAGCUAUCGCGUUCUCCGGGGAAAUUUGCUCGUCUUUUGUACUCUUUCUGUUUGUACAAUAUUUGAAAAACGUUAAAAAUAAGAACAAUGAUUUGUUGCUCACAAACGAGUAUUGUGUUUUUAGUGAAAUAAUAUUCGUAGACAUUUUUCAAGAUGAAAAUUAUAUUCUGAGUUUGAUAGGAGCCAUCGAGGAGAUAUUUCGCCGUUUUGAUGAGAGCGGCGAUUCGAAGGUGGGGAACAACGAUGAGGCGGUGGACGAGUCAGCUAAGCACGCGGACAGCAAAUCUGAAGAACACGGGGAGGAAACACAGCACAGUUACAAACAUGACGAAUCGUCGCCCCCAGAAGGGUAUAACAAGAUAGUGUUCCUUAAUGGGGUGUUUAAGAAAAAAAUAAACAAAGUACACUUCACAGUGUUAAAAAGCAAUUAUUUUGUGAAUGAACAUUUUAAAAGGGAAUUUCUAGUUCAGUACGACUUGGUGAAAAAGGAAAAAAGUUAUUAUCUAAAUUACAUAAACGAGCUAAUUAUAUACAAUGCCAUUUUAAAGUACAGCAUAGACGAGAACAUAAAUUAUGUCCUCUUUGGAAAUAACGCAAAUAACAUCUCCAACAAAUCAUUUCUGUAUACCAUAUUGGGGAACGGUCUAAAUCUACCCAUAUGCACAGCGUACAUAGAUAACAGAUAUAAGAAUAUAAAUUUUAUUAAACCCUUGAGGGAUCUCCUAAAUAAAGAAAUAUACAUUUACUGCUAUUAUAAAAAUAUUGCCUACUUACGGAACACAUCCUUUGAUGGGAAUAUCGUCUAUAAGACCAUAAAUGAAAUGCUCUCUUCUCUGGAUUCGAAGAAUAACACAUCCUCUAUAAUUAACAACACGACUGGCAAUUUGGUAAACAUAGCCAAUUGGAUGAACGUGGGGAAUCAGGCCAACAUGGCCGCCCUGACAAGUGCUACGCAAUAUACCCUUGGAGAAAGGAAUCAAGAGGACGACUGCAUCCUCACUAAUGUGAAUACCCAAGAUGGAGGAAAAAAAGGCGAUCUAAAAGUUAUCCCAGAAAAGUUACACAGGGACAGGGAUAUUGAAACAGAUCUCGCCGCGAACUACAUGAACAAGUGCGGGAACAUGUAUAAGAGUUUUUUUGCCUGCUGUAUAUGCUCAGGAAAUAAGGAGACACAGGAAGAGAAAAUGUUUAUAAGAAAGAUGAACAAAAUUCAGUUGACAAACAUGGAGAAAAUGAAGCACACCAGUUUGAUUUGUUCCACGUGCCUCAGCAUAUUUUCUUCCAGCGAUAACUGUGUGAAUCUGUUUAAUGUCUUUUUUUAA